AAGUAGGAAAUCAAAUUGCGGGAAAAAAUACGAAUCGUAAAUAAAAUCGCAGGAAGAGAUUCGAAUCCUAAACCAAACUGUGGGAAAGGAUUCGAAUCGUCAACCAAAUUGCCUGAAAAGAUUUGGAUCGUGAAUAUUGUUGCAGAAAGAAAUUGAAUCCGUAUAUCAUGUUGCAUAAAAAAAUGAUACAUAAUAUAAAACAACUUUGACUUCCACGAAACAGGAAAGGGGUUAUAAGGGGAUAGAGAAAACGAUAAGAAAUUGGCAGGCCUUGAGAGAAGCAGAAGAGAAGCUGAUUUCUCAACUAAGAUCUCAAGAGGAGGAUCUCAAGAAGAAAACGGAGCAACAGAAAACGGAAGCGCAACAGAAAAUGGUAGCUCAACAGAAAACGGAAGCGCAACAGAAAACGGAAGCUCAACAGGAAACGGAAGCUCAACAGGAAACGGAAGCGCAACAGAAAACGGAAGCUCAACAGGAAACGGAAGCGCAACAGAAAACGGAACAGCAGGAGCAUGAAGGCGGAGACCUGUACUCCCACACGUCGGAGCUCAUAGUGGAAAAGGGGCAUGAUGAACCCGCAGGAGCCGUGGGGGAAGCCGAGGAGGACAGACAAAGAUUAAAACGAGGGAUUGAAGAGAGGAUGCUGGCGAUGAGUCCAGAUUCUGAAGGUGACCUACAGCAACGAAUCAAGGAAGGCCAAGCCAGAUGGCGAGAGCAGUUUCGGAGAGAGCGAGCGGAAAUCAAGGACGAAUCUCGAAUCUCAUUGGCUGGAGGCGAGGAUCACGCGUUCGAAUCCCGGGCGAAGAGACUCAAGGCAAGGUACGAGCGGGACCUGAGCGCGUUGGAACUCAGCGAGCGCGAGGCCAGAGCAAGAUACCUGGAAAUGAAAUGCGUUUUGUCGAAAAAGGAGGAGGAAAUUGUUUAUCUCCGCGCCCGCUUACAUGCACAUGAUUUAGAAAUGGCUGAAUUACAUAAU